GUAUUUAGAUUUUGAGGUGAGCUUAAAAGGGUAAGAGUCUCAUUACUUCUCUCGGACUUCUCGGUGGAGUCGCUCUAAGGCUCUGAGCAUUUUUUCCUCGCGAAGGAUUUGAGGUAGCAAGCGCUUUACAUUCUCGGUCUCACUGCUCAGAGAAGGCCAAAAUGAGCAAGAAUUUGAAGAGGAUGGAAUCAACAAAAUCACAUUCAUGGUGGUGGGAUAGCCAUAUUUGCCCGAACAGUUCAAAAUGGAUGGCAGAAACUCUUGACGAGAUGGACCAAAGCGUCAAGCGGAUGCUGAAGCUGAUCGAAGGUAACGGAGAUUCGUUCGCCAAGAAGGCCGAUAUGUAUUACCAGAAGAGGCCUGAGCUCAUCUCCCAUGUCGAAGAUUUCUAUCGCAUGUACAGAUCGCUCGCCGAACGCUACAAUCACUUGACAGGAGAAUUGCGUAAGAACAUUCCCCCAGAGCUGCAAUCGCAGGGUUCUGGAAUUUCCGACGCUGGUUCUGAACAACUCUCUCCCAUUCUAACUCCUGAUCGGAGGUCUACCCGCCGGAGAAAUGGUCACCGGGCUGCUGGCUUUGAUUUCUUUCUGGGUUCUGCUGUAGGGGGCACCAAUGACCUCACCCAGAAGAAUGUUCAAGAUUCAUCGUACCCCUCGUCAGAUUCUGAGUUGGAUUCUGAUGAAACAUCAUCCAUCAACAAUUACUCUGGUCCAUCGGUAAAUGGCGAUGGCGAACUUCAGCGGCGAGUAAUUCAAUUGGAGAUUGAGCUUCGUGACGCAGAAGAGAGGCUCCGUGAGGCAGAGGAAGGGAAUAAAGAUGGUAGUCAUUCGAAGACCAUCGAUAAAAAUAGGAAUUAUGACAAACUGCUACGUAGGAUAGCAGGGUAUGAGGAACAGUUGAGAAUCUCGAAUGGAAAGCUGAAGCUUGCAGAAGAAGAGAUAGCCAGGUUGAAGCGUGAGCUUGAGAAUGAUGCUUCAAUGAAGCUUUCUAAUAAUGUUCAGGCUCAGCUAGAUUUAGCGCAGAAGGAUAUUCAGAUGGUGGAGACCGAGAAUAAAUCAGGGGAAAGAUGGUCCUUCGAUCUGCAGGAACAGAUUGCUGGAUGGGAGGCUAGUGUUUCGCCCGUAGAUUCUGGGUCUCUCAUUGAAAUACUGAAAACUACAAACAAGAGGCUUCGGGAUACAGAAGACGUAAUUGCAGGGUUGAAGCUGGAACUGGAGAAUAAAUCAGAUGGUACAGAUGAUGUCGUGUGUGAGAUUCCCGAGGUUGUGUCGGAAAAAAACCAGGAACCAGAACUUCUUGAACUGAUUACAGGCUUGGAAGCGGACGUGUUGAAUCGUGACCAUGAUAUCGAGGCUCUGGAGCAGAAGUUGAAGAAGACGGAGGAAUCAUUGGAGGGUUCAGAGAAAGAGGUUGCGAGAUUGGUGCGCGAAUCCCAUGAAGCUUCCAGUAACAUUCAGGUGGAGCUUCAAGCAGCUCAGGAAGACAUUGCGAUGCGAGAAAUCGAGCUUGGAUCAGAGAGAAGGCAGGUGUCUGAAUUACGGGAGCAGAUCGAGAUAUACAAAUUCGAUGUCACAAACCGUGACAACGAAAUGAAAGAAUUGAAAGAAGAAUUAUCUCACACUACCCAGAAUUUCACUGCAGAGAAGGAGUGGUUGGAGGCAGAAAUUUCAAAAUUAACAGAAGAGCGAACCCUGCUGGAAGCGAAACUCAGAGCAUGGGAAUCAAGGGGCCUAUCUGUGCAGGAAGAAAUUGAGCAAUUGAAGGCGGGUAUUGCACAGAUAGAGGAUGAUGUGGGAGCUUUGAACAAAGAGCAUGACGCAUUAAAACUGAGAUACGAUAUGAUGGUAGCAGAGAGAGACGAGCUGAACGCCAAGGUGGAGACGCUGAUGGCGGAGGUGAGUUGCAGGGAUGAUAAAAUACAAAAGAUGGACGAGCAUCUGAACAGGUUGCACAUGGAGCAGGUGGAGCUGAUGAAGGGAACAGAGAGAGGAAUGCAAGUGGUGAAGGAACUGGAGGAAGAGGUGGAGAGGCAGAGGGUGAUCAUUUCCAACGGAGCUGAGGAGAAGAGGGAGGCCAUUCGUCAGCUCUGUUUCUCGCUGGAGCAUUACAGGGACGGGUACAAGCAGCUUCGCCAAGCUUUUAUUGGACACAACAAGCGCCACCACCGCCCGGUGUUGGCUACCUAAAUUCUAAGUACAUCUCGCUCUCCUUAGUCUUCUUCUUUUGCUUUGUUUAGGCGUGUG